UGCCAGAUGUUAAUAGGCCAUGAUUAAUAAGCGAAUAAAGCCAACACACGUCUUUUAGAGGCAGAAGUCCACCGGCUGAAGGACGCUAUGGAAGUGGAGAACCAGAACGCGUCCACAUCCUGCUGUCCAUCCCAGAACAGCAGCAGCUCCUCCACCCCUGAUGUUUUACCUCCAGAAAACCAUGAUGACAGCCUGACCCACCGCUUUGGCACUGUUAUCCCCAAUCGGAUUUUUGUCGGGGGGAUUGACUACAAGGUCAAUGAAAGCGACCUGAGACGAGUCUUCUCCCAACAUGGUGCAGUAAAAGAGGUGAAGAUUGUGAUAGAUCGCUCAGGAAUGUCAAAGGGAUAUGGGUUUGUUACAUUUGAAACCCAAGAAGACGCACUGAAAAUCCUUCAUGAUGUUAAUGGAAUCUGUUUCAAAGACAAGAAGCUCAGCAUUGGUCAGGCUGUCCGCAAGCAGCAAGCUUCAGGACAAAAUAAGAGCUCCCGUUUGGGCUGCACUGACUCUGCCAUGCCUCUGCCGGUGUCCUGUGGCAGCCUGUACCACACCACGUCCACAGGCUAUCCGUACACCUACCACAAUGGAGUGGCCUACUUCCACUGCCCCAACAUGAAACCUCCUGCCCACCAUUGGCCCCGGCCUGCUCCUCCAGUGAUGCUUCCUCCAUCCCAUCAGCCUGUCUACCAGCAACCAGCCUAUCACCACUACCAGUGUGUCCCAAACCAGUAUCAGUGGAAUGUCGUCCAGCCGCCGAUGCCCUCCAGUCCAGUCGUGUACUCCCAGCAGUCAGAAUAUCUGUACCAGCCCACCAACGGAGGCUCCCUCCAGCCUCCUCUGCCUGUCAUGGAGGACGUCACACCGGAGUUCAUAGAUCCCAUGGGGCAGCAGGUUUACCCACUGUACCCUCAGAGAGCUGAAGGAAUGGCACCCAUUGUUCUGCAACACAACCCUGGAAAGAAUCCGAUGUUUCCGCACUCUCAGGUCCAUCUGAAGCAGAGGUACCACCGAUACAUGGACCACAAGGACUAUCACUACCUGCCAGACGCAACAGAGCCACCAGACACCUCCGCGCUUCAUGCUUCUCAACCUUUCAUGUAGACUAAACCCACAGACAGCUUCACAGAGGGAAAAACUCCCACACACUGCACCGCAACCACUCAUGGCAGUUCAGUCCCUUCCUCUUCCUUCUCCGUGGAUUUAACUCACAUAAUCUCUCAACUGUUUAACCUGUGCCUUACAACAUAAUGCAGUAUGUUUCAUGACGUGAUUUUGUAGCCUCUUCGUUGAGAUGAUCAUUUUGUCUGUUGCACUUGUUCCCACCAACUCACUACAACGAAGGUAAGCUCUCAGGACUCACUAGACUCCCAGCGCAGCACUCAGAUCUGUUUCUGUUAAGGAUGCACCGAUUGGGGAAAUUCUAGACUGAUGGUAAUGUUUGAAAUCCCAAUUUGGCUGUUAGCCGACGCUGAUAUUGAUGUUGGGUUUUUUUUGUUAUUUAUUUGCCCUUUGGGUAAACUAAAGAUGAGCAUCUCUGCCUUUGUGCAACUCAAUAUAUUUCUUUUCUCAUCCAAGAUCAGCUGAACAGCAGCUCACUGUCGGUGCUGCUACAUGGAGAACAUGGAGGUAUUUGAGUGCAAUUUCUGCCAGUGCUGGAAAACGGAGGUGAUUAUUUCUCCAAUGUCCAAAUUGAAAAUAACGAAACAUUUUAACUAGCGCAACACUUUUGCGAUGUGCAUAUUUUUGCAUACUUAGUUUCUGUAUAAAUGGUUUAAUACCAUUGGAUGAUUGACGUUGACAUUAGUGUCUCACACUGUAUACUGUUCCUUCCAAUAUUUAGUGGCUGCGCUUAAUUUCUUCUCAAUUAACACAAACUUAAGGGUGAGUUUUUCAAUAAGUCAAACAUUAACUAGUUUUUAUGUUUUUUAGUAACUAGCCGACGACUGAACAAUACAUCUUGAAUCUCCAAAAAUUCCAAUUUACACACAAUUAACAAAACUGUGGUCUUCAGAGUCAGAUUGUAUUAUCUGUGACAGGAAAUGGCUACAGGGAUCUUUGUGCAAAUAUCAAAAUGAAUUUAGAAAAUCUUAUAUUUAAAUACGGUCAACGGUCUUGAAUUUGUGGUCUGAUUUUUUUAUUUUAUUAGAUUUGUUUUAAUGUACAAAAACAAUUCAAACACUUGAACCUAAAACUAGGCUAAAGUCAGUGAACGGCAUUGCUAUGUUGUUGCAACAGAAAUGUCCUAGCUACAUGCACACAAGCACCAUGAUGAAGCUGAGAAUAUCAAAGAUCUUACCAUGUCAACUCUUUCUUCACCUUACUGUGCGAAGAAGCAGUGCUUUACAUCCUUUGCGGCUCAGUGAUCAUUUAUUCGGAAGGAUAUGUAAAAAGUAGAACUAUUGAAUUUACAUUACAGCGUAGUUUAAGGCUCCUUGAGCUGAGUCAGUCCGAACAGUAUUGGAAUGCUCUGAAUGAGCUGCUGCGUCUUGUUGCCUCUGCUCAGCUUUAUCAGUGCUGGGACCUUUCAGGAUCCUCUGAUCCACUGUCUGGUCCUCAGCAUGUUUUUCAGUAUGAUGAUGUGGAGAAAUGUCUACAGGGUUGUUACCAGACUGGCCUGUGUUCAAUAAUUUAGAACUAGCAAGAGGCAGCUAUGUUCAAACAGUACAGACUUAACAGCAACAUGACAAUUUAGUAUAUUCUACAGAAGGCAGACUUACUGUUGGAUGUAAAAGUACAUAUUUAGCAGUUUUUGACCUUUUUCACAGCAGCCAUUUUGACAUGAAAUAAUAGGGUAAAUACAGGUCCUACCAGUGAUGGUAAUUAAGGUUCUGUUCCAUUCAGAUCAGUCAUGGUGCUGUCAUUGUGCAUGUUGGCUCACUGGAAAGGCUCUGCUACUCUAAAUGGAACAGGACUUUGAUUAGUAUCAUUUACCUACUAUUUCAUGUCAAAAUGGCUGCAGUGAAAAAGGUCUAUUACUCCUUUUUUACGUAGUAGUUUUGUAUAUCAGAAAUCAUAUUUGUAUAUGUGGAAGUUUGCUUAAGACAACAAUCCGUAAGGAGCAUUAAAGAUAUUUUGAGUAAUAAUAAAUCUGCAGGUUUGCAUUUCUACACAUGCAGGGACAGACUUGUAAUGAAAGAAAAUGUUAAGAGCGACUCCACCUCAAGGUAGUAGGGCUUUGCUAGCACCCUGCUUUUAAAGUGGCUCACCCAGAUUUAGUCAUUAUUUCGGACAAGAAAAUCCACUGGAUUUGACCUUCAAGUGUUCUCUCAAUUGUCUUUUUACUUUUUAAAUGCACAAAAUGUAUUGGGAUGGAUCAAUUUGUCACUGCACUCUCAGAACCUGACUGCAGAUUGAUUAAAUCUUGUUUUCUUUUUUUGUGUAUGCUUGCUCAGUAGUUUUGUAAUUCAGUAACUUUUUAGACAAGGACCAUUUUCUCAGAGCUCAUGUGUUUCAUGUCAGUGUAAAUUAGUUGGUCAGUAACGUUAUAAAAGUUCAGAUUGUGCUCAUGUUCUGUAGUUACAGGUUAUGAUCAGUUUCCAGAUGUUUAAACCAGCAACAUCAAUAAUAUCACAUUUAAAUAUAGAUUUUAUUACACAUUAGACAAUUUUUUUACUCGAUGCUAAUGCUUUAAUUCCCCUGUCAUAUUUGUUCAGUUUGAAUUAUUUGUGCUAAUAAUUUCAGUAAAAUGUACCCCAAAAAAAGAAAUGUAUUUUAAAAUCUGCAGGAAUCCAUUUGAGUUUUUCAGAGUGCUUUUGAUGUUGCUGUUUGUCUUCUUGUAUUUUCAACUCCACUGAUUUUGUCUUUGUCACACUAAAAAUAACCUAAAAUAUUUUUGUAAUUUGUUUUAUGAAAGAGAUAUGCAGUAUUACAGAGCUAAGUAAGUACCGCACAUUUCACAUGACCACCGAUCGCCCGCUAUGUUUUACCAUUAUUUUAGUUGAGUGUGUUUCCCGUUCUUGAAUGGAAAUAAACGUUUCCCUUGGUGUA